UUUUGUGAUGAUUUUGACCACGAUGCUCUAUGCCUUGUUAAAGGCAGCGUGAGCUUUUCUUCAUGACAUUUGAGCGUCUUUCUUAAUUGCGAAAUGGAAAGUCUGUAAGUAUUUGCUUAGAUUGCUUAAUCAAAUUAAAAUGUGCCAAGGCCUGGCCACAGAGCCCGAGCUUCACAGCCACCAUCAUGGUUUCGAAGUUGUAAACAUGGAAUUGGAUGGGGAUCAAUUAGAUAAGAAUCACGACAAAAGUUACCAAAUGGAUCACGAAGAAGUAGAGGAUUUGUUUAAGAAGCUCGACAAGAACAAUGAUGGAAGAAUAGACCUAAACGAACUUGCGGAAGGACUGAAAACUCUGCAUGGGUCAAGAUACAAGGCCGGCCAAGCUCAGCAAAUAAUGAACCUUGGUGAUCAGAAUCUUGAUGGGCAGAUGUCAUUUGAAGAGUUUGUCAAAUAUGUGACCGACCAUCAGAAAAAACUGUGGAUAGUUUUCCAGUCUAUUGAUCAAGAUGGCAGUGGAUGUGUGGAUAAAACAGAACUUAAGAAAGCUUUUGAGGCUAUGGAUGUUAAAGUAACAGACCAGGAAGUGGACUUGUUAUUGAAAAGCAUGGACAAAGACAAAACCCUUAAAGUUAAUUGGAAAGAAUGGAGGGAAUAUCACCUGUUGAAUCCCAGUGGCCACAGUAUGCAUGACAUCAUUCAGUUCUGGAGACAUUCAAAUGUUAUUGAUAUUGGGGAGGAUAUGACUGUUCCAGAUGAAUUCACAGAGGAAGAAAAAGUGUCAGGAAUGUGGUGGAGACAGCUAGUGGCAGGGGGGGGAGCAGGAGUUGUGUCAAGGACAGCGACUGCUCCUUUGGACAGAUUAAAAGUUUUAUUACAGGUACAAGCUUCAAGCCAAAAUAGAAUAGGAAUUUCGUCUGGUUUCUCCAUGAUGAUCAAGGAAGGUGGAAUCAAAUCACUAUGGAGAGGAAACGGUGCUAAUGUGGUCAAAAUUGCACCAGAAUCAGCCAUAAAAUUCUUUGCUUAUGAAAAGGCAAAGAAGCUGUUAGGCGCGGAUGAAAAGCAGCUCGGGGUCAGAGAAAGGCUAAUGGCAGGUUCAAUGGCUGGUGUAGCCUCACAGACCAGUAUAUACCCACUUGAGGUGCUGAAAACAAGACUGGCGCUUCGUAAGACAGGACAGUAUAGGGGUCUUGUCCAUGCGGCAUAUGUAAUCUUUACUACUGAAGGAAUCAGGAGUUUUUAUCGUGGGCUGUUUCCAAGUCUUUUAGGAAUUAUUCCUUAUGCUGGAAUAGAUCUUGCUGUAUACGAGACACUCAAAAACUUUUACCUCAAUUACCACAAAAACCAAUCGGCCGACCCUGGUGUGUUUCUACUGUUAGCUUGUGGUACAGCGUCAAGCACGUGUGGACAGUUAGCCAGUUAUCCGUUGUCACUAGUGAGGACUAAAUUACAAGCACAAGCGCGCUCUCGUACUGCAGGCAGGGGAGAUACAAUGGUUUCAGUAAUUAAAAACAUUAUAAAAGAAGAUGGACCGCGUGGACUUUAUAGGGGACUGGCUCCUAACUUUAUGAAAGUCGCACCUGCAGUCAGUAUAAGCUACGUUGUGUACGAACACUUGAGAAUCAACCUUGGCGUUAUAUAGCACACUCGACGAUCUGAUACGAGGCAAAUGUAUAUCGAAUGGGAGCACUGAUGAAGAAAACGCGAUACGAGAGUAAAAGAGAAGAAACCAUGACGAAGAGAAAAGCUUGAAAAUAUAAGCGUUUUUCCUGUCCGUGAUGGAAUAGGAAGUCUGAUAACCAUUAAGACGGGGUAUUCGAUUUAAUAUAAUUUCGCCAAAUUUAAUUUUAAUUUUAUGGAUUAGGUUUACGUUUGAAGACAUGCCGUCAUUGUUAGUAGUUGUAAAGCUUGAUAUCAACAUGUUUAUUUUAAUUUUUGACGAGGAUAACCUGAUUACCUUUCGAAUGAUUUUUAAAAGCUAGGGGACUGGAUGACUUAUCACUGCUAUGUGGUGAGCGCAGGAAAUGUCCCUUGUGAAAAAUUUCGAUCGGAUUUCAUUUUGUCACCUGAUUGACUGACGAUAUUGCAUCUUAAUUCUGAUUGGCUAAGGCAGAAAAAAGGAAGCUUGCAGAUCACUCUGGCUAAUUUUAUUAGGGAACUGCUCAUGCUGUUAAUAGGGUAUUCUUUUUUUCGAUAACCUUUCCAUGAGAGUAAAAUAUUAUAAGAUUAUGCUUGGUCAUAGGAUAUUGUUGUAAAUAUUUCUUAUUUUAAGCUUUGUCCGGAAAGGUAAACUUUUCUAUCUGAUCUCUUGCUUGGGGGUGUUACUGCGAAAUCAUUUAUUUGUUGUUUUUAAUGUGAAGUAAUUUUACCGGAUGCGUGAAGUUCAGAAGUUUCCUGGAAGUGGCGUAUGAUUUCAUCUCUCCUUAUGAUCUAACUGUGCUUCAUCUUUCCUCUCCAAUCUAUCUUGUUUUCUCAUUUUAUUUCCCUCCCUUUCUUGCUUCUCAUCUCAUCUCUCAUUAUUGACUCUGGCUGGUCUACUCCAGACCACAUCUCCUGAUUUCAGUUUUGACUUUUCUGCCAGAAUUUUUAAUACUAUAAUUAAUGACAAAUAUCUCUGCAAACCACUUGAAUGUUCAGUUUAGGAAAUCACACUUAUCCUUGCUGUUUUUAUGUAGUCACAUCUUAAAAGGAAGUUAUUAUGUAAUUUGAUCGCUAUUUAGCUUAUGAUGAACUUAUUAUAUGGUACACCGGAACACACGGCUGUAUUCUCUCGUUAAGUGAUUUGCGAGAAAAGUCUUCAUAAUUAAAAGGGAAAUAACAUUUA